AUGUCUCAAUUACAAAAUUCCUACGGUACAUGUACUACUCAUCGGCAUCAACUGAAACUGAAACCUCCCGAACAUAAAUUAAGCCUUAAAUUGCUGUCUACAUUGACAUUUCCGAAUGUCCUGGCACGCUGCUGGUUACCCAGAGAAUCAAUCGACGACGAAGAAAGGCAGACUUUAUUGACUCCCUCUUCUUCUGCCCCUUCAACACUAACAGAAAGAUACGGUCUAUCCACCAUCAUCCUGCACUACGGCGUCCACAGCUCCGUACGAGUAUAUACCCGGAAAUCUUCGUCCGCGGGUGCUUCCAGGCAGCUUCAUGUCGUCAAAAUCCUCCGUCGAUCAUCGGACACUCUCGUCAGAGCUACCCAGCAUUUCGAACAGUCUCUCUCCUCAGCCGUGUCACACCCCAACCUUCUUCAAACCAUCGAUGUCCUCCAGAACGAACAUGGUGAGACCUGUCUAGUCAUGGAUUAUUGUGCCGGCGGAAAUCUGAACACCCUGAUCGCCACGGCCGAAGACAAUAUAGACAUAACCCAAGCAGACUGUUUCUUUAAGCAGAUCAUGCGUGCCGUGACAUAUCUUCAUGACAACGCAAUUGCGCAUCGAGGUCUGAAGACGGAAAAUAUCCUUCUUACUGCCCAUGGCGCAGUGAAAGUGGCCGACUUUGGGAGUGCGGAGUGGUUGCUAGAUGAAUUUGCCAAUGGGGAACACGCUGAGAACAGGAUACGUCUGCAAUUGUCCUCAUUGUACUCUCCACGGAAAUUGCCGGGAUUGAUACCUUACCUUCCGCCAGAGGAGUUUAGUGACUAUGCGGCGAUUGAUCCGAGAGCGAGCGAUGUAUGGGCCGCAGGACUUGUGUACAUGGCUAUGAGAUGUGGACGGUUACUUUGGAGGAUGCCUUGUGCGGAUGAGGAUGGGGGUUAUAGUGCGUACCUUCGGGGACGACAAACGUAUGACGGAUAUCCUCCGAUUGAAGCUUUGGAAGAGACGCGUUGUCGCAAUGUGAUAUAUGCAAUGUUGCAUCCUGAUCCUGUUCGGAGAAUCAAGGCAUCCGAGGUACUUCGGUCUGAGUGGGUGUACUAUGUAAAGGUGUGUGAUGCAGGAGAAAUGGGGUGGUAA